UCGCGUCAGCACGGUGGGUCGACUGUGCGUUCAUGGAGCUGCGAGUCCGCGCUGCUGAAUCACAUGUGCGUCGCUGGUGAGGGACACGGAGCUCAGAUCUACCCUGGACAAACGCUUAUUCGACCGAUGCGCCUCGGAGAGCCUCUCAGCUCCACUCUGUCCAAGUGAUUUAGCAGAUUUUCACCGCCAUGUCUACGGAAAAGCAGAACAUCCCCGAGGAGAACCUGCAAGGCUCUUGGGUGGAACUGCACUUCAAUAAUGGAGGUGGAGGAGUUUCCAAAACAGGGGUGGAGGAUCAGGCUGCCAGCGCCGCUCCCAGCGGAGACAUGGAGAAGAUGCUGCUGGAUGCGCAGCACGAGUCUGGCAGGAGCAGCUCUAGAGGGAGUCUACCCUGUGAUAGUCCUCCAAGAUCCCAGACUCCUUUGCACUUGUGCAGGGGCUCAGAGGUUCACAGCUCAGGAGAAAAGAACAGCUCACAGUCUGAUGAGGAUUACCUGGAGAGGAGAAGAGAGGUAGACAACCUGAUGAAGAAAAAUGCUGAUUGGAUAUGGGACUGGUCAAGCCGACUGGAAAACAUACCACCCAAAGAGUUCUUGCUGAAGCAGCCCAAACGUUCCAGCACUCUGAGUAUCAGGAACACCAGCGUGAUGAAGAAGGGAGGAAUCUUCUCCGCUGAGUUCCUGAAAGUCUUCCUCCCAUCUCUUAUAAUUUCCCACAUCCUUGCUCUGGGGCUUGGAGUGUACAUCGGAAGGCGCAUUCCUACCUCCCACGGCACGUUCUGAGGGAAAACAUACACAAUCUCAAAUCUGCACCUUCACCAUCUCUGCUGCUUUGUCUUGAAUCUGUGUUCCAGUAGAUACAAAUAGGUCAGGCUCACGUGACCCGUUUCCUCUUACUGGCCGUGUGCCGCACUGCCGUUGUUGCCCCUCGUGUAUUCCUCUGGCUCUUUCCCAUAGUUCCUCCCUGAGCCGCUUUUAAAGCACAGACUGCACUGUCAUUCUACGAAGGGAGGCCAUUUUGGGUUUUAAGGCAGUGAGCCGAGUCAUAGUCAUGUGCUCCACUUUCCAUCCUUGAGUCCUUUCUUGUGCAGAUAUAUAGAACCUAUUUAAAAAGAAACACCUGUAAUGUGAACAGAAAGGAUGUGAAACUAAGAUGUAAGCAAGGGGUGCAGGAGGACACCAAGACGCUUGAUUUGAAAACACUACAGGAGAGUAUUUUACAGAGCAGGAUUUCUUAGUGAGCGUAAUGUGAGGCUUGUCCAGAAAAAAAAAGUCCAUUACUUCUCUUCCUGUUGGACAGGCGUGACUUUCGGCUGAAAGCAAUACUCAAGCGACUUUCAAUGUCAUCGAGUGCGUUUACAUGCACUCAAUAAUCCGAUCAUAAUCAGAUUUCUGCAAAUAUCUGAUUAUAUAAAUGGUCAUAUAAACAGCAUACUCUGAUUUCUUAGAGCAUAGCAUGGUCUAGAAAUCAGAUCUAGAGAGCUGGAAUUCAGCUCAGUGCAUGUAGACUCUUACUCGGAUUUCUUUCAUAUUCUCAGUUUAGGCAUAUGUGAACAUACCACGGUACCGGAAAUAAGCGAGCAGUUUAGGAGCAACGCUGAAACCAAAUGUGCUUGACAAAAUGAAGGAUUUAAAUAUUAUUCAUCUUCUAGAUGAUGUAUAUUCAUAGUUUCAGGUAAAGUGGCGUAGGUAAAGCAUGACGUUUUACAUUGCGUUUAUGUCGUCUUCUGGCCGGUUGCAAAGCAGAAAUCUGAUUACUGCCUGAAUCACGUACACCCGGAGUUUUCACAUUAUCUGAUUACUCAAGUGCAUGUAAAAGCGUUGGUCAGAUUACUGACAAAACCUGAUUUUCUGCAGUUAUUGGAUUAAGUGCAUGUAAACACAUUAUCUACCAGAUCUUUAAUGUACUGUUGAGUAUCAGACACUGAACAAGAUCGCAAUACCCAAUGACUUGAAACUUGCUUACAACAGUAGCUAUUGGGCAGACACUGAACUACAUAAAAAAUAUUUAAAAUUAGUGACUGAUAAAUUCUAAAUGGUUAUGCUUGAACGGGACACGUCUUGGGAGACUGACGUUAGAUUGUCUUUGGUUUUCAGCAAAGCUUUAUUCUAAUUUCAAAUGGUGAAGUAACGCAAUACAAAAAAGGAGUUCUGGUUACUUUUGCUGUCCUGAGGGUUUUCUUGUAUUCAUGGCGAUCAGGUGUUACCAGUAAAAACUCUACCAGUAAUGAAUUACCAUAAAUUCUACCCUCUGGAAAACUAGUCCCAUCACAGAGAACAAAUAACCCAGCUGUAUGGCUCACAAAUACCUUAAGAAUCAUAUAAAUGUUUUAUUGGUAGAAUUCAGCAACUGCCCACAUCUAUCUGCCAUAUGUUGCAUGUGGACAAUUGACCACAUGUAACAUAUGGCAGAUAGAGAUAAGGUUGAAAAAGGUUGGAAUAAUACUUUUGUUUAUCUGUUAUCUGACUAACUGAGAAAUCCUGCUGUGUAAAACAGUCUUCAGGUACGGCAGAGUAUUCUCCAGACCUGUGGGUUUGUACGUAAAGAUGCUUGAGAAUUAUUCGUGGUCAUCGUCUGCAUGAGAAGGGCUUGAGUAAGACUGCAGAUCUAGGAUCAGUUUUUAACCGUCCAUAUGGAAAUGAACAGUAAGCACAGAGAGGAGCUGCUCCUACAUCAGCACUCGCACUUAUGAGAUGCUGAAAGAUCGAUUAGGCAGGCAGAGAACGAUGGUCAGCGGUUUAAAGUAAGAAGUGCAUGGGGAAUCAUGAUCACAGAGAACUGUUGGUUAUUCAGUACUGAAAAUAUAUCUAAAUAGAAGAUUUAGAGGUCGAUUAGUUUCUCAAAAAAGAUCUUUACCAAAUACUUUUGACAUGUGAUUGUGACACUACAAGGAAAGACAGUUUUUUUUUUUCAUUGUUGUGAUAUUUAACUCAGGUAAGCAUCAGGUAAGAGAUAAAGGUGUAUCAUUAACUGGCCAGAAGCAAAUGCGUACAGGGUAGCAAUGCACAGGUACCAAAACAGAGGAAAACACUCAUUUCUCAGUGAAAGGAGUGCAACAGUGUUCAAGGAGAAUUCCACUGAUUUUAACUGCAUAAUUCAGUUAUUAAGAUGUGAACAAAGUUAUUCACAUAUGUUAAAUGUGAAACGGUACAUUGUAGAGAAACCUGCUGCUGAUUUCUUUGCAGUGUUGGUGAUAAUGAACCAAGGAAAAUGGGUAUAAUGCAAAUAUAACCAUUGUUUUUGCUAUCUAAAAUGACCAGUGAACCUACAUGCGUCAGUUUUCAUAUAUAAUAUUGAUAAUGGUAAAACAGGGGUUAAUCAAAAAACUUUAUUUGGGGACUAUUUUCCCAUAUAACACCCUGCAUGUACCUCUCCAUCAUGAAUGACUUUUUAAACAUAUAUAAAGUUUAGGAGAAAACCUUAUUAAAACUGUUGUAAAACAAUGUGUCAGACAUCAGGCAGCGUAUUCAUAACCAUGUCAUAAUAAUGUGAUGUAGGCAUUAAACACUUUGGAUGUCUGGUUCCUAUCACCCCCACUGUGAACAAUUCUGAUACAGAGAGUAUCUGUAGAACAGCAUUUCAUAUCAGACCUCUCUUUAUGUUUAAAUCUUAAUCAUUUACUUAUUUAAGCAGACAUUUUGCAAAUUUGGUGGAAAUUGGUGGAAUUCCCCUUCAAAAAUCAUUUGACAACUGGCAAGUACAAAUACAAACACAGAAUGUAAAUACAGAAUGUUGUCAAAAUAUAGUUUCACCUUUUUCUGUUGAAAGAAAAACAAAACAUGGAACUAAAAUCUCUCCAAAUUGGCCAAUUUUCUUCUUUGCACAAGGGCUGCACAAAGGCAGCCUGCUUUUCUUUAUAUAGUGUUGAUUGCGUAUUCGAGUUUGCCUUAUACUGUACUGAAAUCGAAAUCUAGAAUCUCUGAACCUUCUAAAGCUCAACUUCAUUAAGAAUCUAGAUGCAGUUGUUAGGUUGCCUUAGCUGCUGUGAUGACUGUUCACUGGAAUAAGGCAAGGAGACAAAGGGAAACCCUGUGUAAUUUAUGUGCAUGUUUUUGUAGUGUGUAGAAAUGUUCAGUGUACGUGACAGUCACUUUGGUUUUGUAUUAAAAGUGGGAAUCAAUAAAUGAAUAAACAAAUCAGUAAAUAAAA